AUGCAGCCGCUGACGAUGCACGCGCGCGCGCCCGCGCGAGCUUCGACGGGCUCGGGCGCGGGAUCGUCCUCGCGCGGAGGACAGAUGCGGGAACGGGCAUCGUUCGCGUCGCCGAGCGCGGAUCGGCUCCGCGCGGGCGCCCGGCGGCGACCCGGGGGACGGCGACGCCGCGACGGGGGCACGCGCGUGGAGGCGCUCGCGGUGAUCCGCCUGCUCAAGUUCGACCCCGACCGAGUCUCCGUGUCGUUCGCCGAGGACACGUGCAGGAGGAUCGCGGAGCCCGACAGGACCCGACGCUACACCCUCACGCACAACGAUCUCACCCAGCACCUCACCCUCUCCGUCGCGAGCGACUUCAACCCCGACGGCCAGGCUGACGUGUGGUACACGCGGCUCCUGCGAGACGAGGUGCUCGCCGAGUGGUGCGACGACGGCUUGCACGUGCACUGCAACGUCACCGUGGAGGGGCACUGGUGGAUCGCGUGGGCCAAGCAGCUUCGCGCCAUCGUGUUCCGGCAGAAACUACCCCUCGUCCUCGACACCCUGAGGUACGCCGAGGCGGACCUCCUGUUGACCAACCCGAGCCUCGCGAGCGCGCCGGUUUUCGUGCACUUUCACGAGGGGCCGUGUCGAUCGGCGACGAGCGCGAGGUUCAACAACUCGAGGUCCGAGGGCGUCCGCGAGUACUGGGGGCUGUUCAGCAACGCGGGACAGCGCAAGGGGUUCGAUCAGUCGCGAUCGUACGACGAGGAGCUGUCGGGGAGCGAGGCGUUCUCGCUGGAGCGCGACCUGUGGACGCCGGAGAGCGUGGCGCGGGAGAUGCUAACCGGAACCGGAUCCGGAUCUGGCUCGUUCGACGACGACGGCGGCGGCGGCGGACGGGGCGUGGGUGGAGGCGGGGGUGGAGGCGGAGCGGACGGGCGCGUCGGCGCGGGGGCUCGGAGCUUCGCUAAAUCGCCGGGGCUCUCCGCGAGCGGAGGCCCGCCCGAAGACGCGGUUGUGACGAGCCGCUGA